AUGGCACGUGGACAUCAGAAGAUCCAAGCGCAGCAAAGAGCACACAAAAGGGCCGAGGCUGCAAAAAAGUCACAGAGUUGCGAUCAGAAAGGAGCUGCUCUUAAAGCCCUUCAUCAUAAGUGUAUCAUCUGCAUGGCACAAAUGCCGGAUCCGAAGACUUAUAAGCAGCAUUUCGAAAGCAAACACCCGAAGGCUCCACUUCCUCCUGAGCUGGUUGAUGUCCAGGCAUGA